CGUCAACUCAGCUCAGGCCAAUUCGCUGUGACAUCACCCGGCACAACCUCACAAAAUUUCACACGCCUCUAACGCCGCUGCUAGCCAGCUCUCUCUUUUACUCUCUCUCUCUCUCUCAUCCAACCAUCACCAUGGCCAGCCUCAGAACCUUCUCCAGACUCGCCCGCCCCGUGCGGCCAUCCAUCUCCCUCCGCCCAGCCGUCGUCUCCCCAGCCUCUUCAAUCUCAUGCCAGAAGCGACUGCACUCCCAGAAGCACCCCAAGGGCUUCACUCCGCCCUCACAAGAGGAGCUGGACGAGCUGCGCGAGCGUGUCCACGACUUCACCCGCCGCGAGAUCCCCGAGGAGCUUGCCGCCAAGACCGACAAGUCCAAUGCCUUCCCCAUGGAAAUGUGGGAGAAGAUGGGUGAGGCGGGCUUCCUGGGAGUGACUGCUGAUGAGGACUACGGCGGUCUGGGCAUGGGCUACCAGGCUCACUGCAUUGUGCUGGAGGAGAUGUCGCGCGCCUCGGGCUCCAUCGCCCUGAGCUACGCUGCUCACUCGCAGCUGUGCGUCAACCAGAUCUCUCUCAAUGGUUCUCCCGCGCAGAAGGAAAAGUACCUACCCGGCCUGAUCGCCGGUACCAGCGUCGGCGCCCUGGCCAUGUCUGAGUCCGGGUCCGGAUCCGACGUGGUGAGCAUGCGCACCUCGGCCAAGGCUGUUGACGGUGGCUAUCUGCUCAACGGCACCAAGAUGUGGAUCACCAACGGCCCGGAUGCCCACGUCAUUGUCGUCUACGCAAAGACGGAGCCUGAGAAGGGCUCCAAGGGCAUCACUGCCUUCCUGGUCGACACCAAGGCCAAGGGCUUCUCCUGCGCUCGCAAGCUCGACAAGAUGGGCAUGCGCGGCUCCAACACCGGCGAGCUCGUCUUUGAGGAUGUCUUUGUCCCCACCGAGAACAUCCUCGGCAAGGUCAACGGCGGUGUCCGCGUCCUCAUGGAGGGUCUCGAUCUUGAGCGCCUGGUCCUCAGUGCCGGACCUCUGGGUAUCAUGCAGGCCGCUCUCGACGUCGCCCUGCCCUUUUCCCACCAGCGCAAGCAGUUUGGCCAGCCCAUUGCCCACAAUCAGCUGAUCCAGGGUCGUCUUGCCGACAUGUACACCAAACUGCAGGCCUCGCGCGCCUACACAUACAACACCGCCCGCAUGGUCGAUGAGCAGGGCAUCAUCCGCACCCAGGACUGUGCUGGCGCCAUCCUCUACGCUGCCGAGAGGGCGACGGAGUGCACCCUUGACUGCAUCCAGCUGCUGGGUGGUAUGGGCUACACCGAGGAGAUGCCCGCAUCUCGACUGCUAAGAGAUGCUAAGCUGUACGAAAUUGGAGCUGGUACCUCGGAGAUCCGCAGAAUGGUCAUUGGACGUACCUUUAACAAGCAGUAUGCCAAUGCUUGAGUCCAGCUGAGCCAAUGGUAAAAGAGAAAUAAAAUAAAAGACGAAAGAAAAAAAAGUUGAAAAAUCUUUCAAGUGUUAUUGGGAUACACUAGAAUGAUACAUGAGUGCAUAUUUUGCUACUUGUAUAACAAUGUUGAUACAGCGACAUUUCUGUAUAUAGUCGGAUUUGAUAUCAAUUCAAAAACACUUGUAAAAGUUC